ACCAGCCCACAGCCGAAGCACAAAAACAACAGCGUUUCUGCAGUGUGUUUGGAGAGCAGUGUGGCUGCAUUCACCAUAGGCUUCUCCAUUAAAACAGACCGUUCUCAGUUCGGUCCGUCAUGAAGCAUAAUUGUUAGUUUAGUGAAUUAUAUCGACAAGUGAAAAUGUUCCGACCUGUUCACUUUGUGUUGCUGCUGAGCUCUGUUUUGGUGGACUGCUCAUCUGUUGUUGAAGAGUGCAUAACAUCCCAUGGAGAGGACUACAGGGGAAUGCAACAGAAGACAUUCAUUGGGAACAUUUGUUUAAACUGGAAUAAGUUAAACUUAAAGUUUAAAGACUCAGAGACAGGUGUUGGGGACCACAAUUUUUGUCGCAACCCAGAUGGUUCAGAGAAGCCCUGGUGCUAUGUGUCUGGGUCCAAUGGAGUGGCCAGAAAAGAAGCAUGUGAAAUUAGGACAUGCCAAGACCACAACUCCACAGAAGCCACGGCUCAAGAGUCUGUCCCCACUCCAGUCUCAACCCUGAUGAUGGUGGAGACCUUUGAACCUGCAAACUCCUUCCCCUCACAGGCCGAGGGUGCGGUGGUGCAGCCCGUGAAGGGAGUCCUACGGCCAGUCAGAACAGGACCUAAAAAGAAGAAAGACCUUGGGACUCUUGGUUAUGUUCUCGCCAUACUCAUGAUGGCCAUCAUCAUCCUCCUCGGAGGCGGCAUCACAAUGGGAUACUUCUACAAACGGGGUCGUAACCUUAAGAAACAGCAUGACCAGCGCGUUUAUGAGCGUGAGAUGCAUCGCAUUACUCUUCCCCUCUCUGCCUUUGCCAACCCCACCUGUGAGCUGGUCGACGAAAACACCAUCAUCAUCACAGCUGAACCAAACAACCAGACCCCAACCCAGGAGCCCGCUGAGGGGGCCGACCCUCUUAUGGGGCCUGCGGGGACUCCCGGAGCCUGAUUGAGGAACAGGAUGGGUGCCUGGACAGGCCUAGUUACUUAAGACAUGACAGUGCACUACUGUAGAACAUUCAGAGGACCAAACCACACAUCCACCUCCUGUCUGUCAACUCUAUUCUCUGUGCCCUGCCUUUACAGCACGGUUUCAUGUAAAAGGUAGAGCAUGUGCCCUGAAAGAGCAGUGGAACGCUUUUCCCCCCCAAAUAGUGUCUUUAUUUCCUCAAUGGAUCUGUUUGGUAAAUUAGUGUACUUACGGGUGAACUGGAAAGGGUUUAAAAAUGUGGUUUUGUAUAAAUAUGCAUGUCAGGGAUUGUCAUUUUCCUUGCAAGUAAAUUUCAAGUGCAUUGCACAUCAUUACAGGGUAUUACUCCCUGCUUGUUAACUCCAGUGAGAGGGCAACAGUGCCAUUGACUAAAAUGUAUCCUUUUACGAAGUGACCAUGGAUCAGAUCAGCUAAAGAGAUAGUGUUUUGAAAGAGACUACAUGCUAUUCCUCUUUUCUAACUUUACUGUAUCUUGUUUUUGUUCCUAAUGCAACUGAGAUGGAGAAAAAAAAAGUGUCUUAGAAACUGAAAUGGUGUAAAUGUGUAAUUGAAACUGAUGCUCCAGUGCUGUGCUAUUGGAGCAGGACUAGAGUUAAUUGUCUUUGAUAGCACUAUCCCAGAAAUACAUAAAGUUAGUCAGAUCAUGUGGUCUGGGACUCUAGUACUGCCUUUGCUAAGUGAAGGAUUUUGACUGAAAGUGAAGAGGAAAGCAAAUACAAAAACUAGCUUUCUGGAGAUGUUGCCUUACUUUUGAAUGUAUUAUUGCUUUUGGUUCAUGAGUGUUGAAAACUGAAUGAGCAAUGUUUUCUUGAAGGAAGGAAACCUCAGCAGACCAGUCAGAAAAGGGUCGCACCAGGGGCUUCUUGAUACAUUUUGUUUGUUUAUGAGCGCGUUUACAUGCACAGCAACAAGCUGGUAACACCCAAAAAUCAGUUGAUUAAAAAAUUCCAACAAUGCAAGAACACUGUGUGUACAUGACAUUGGAAAUCAUCAGGUUGUUCUCUGCUUUUGACUUCAAAACAUAAACAUAGGCAUGCACACAGCACUUGUGCAUUUUGGAUAAGCUGGUAAAAGGGCUUGCAUGCAGAGCUAAAUCAGGGUAAUAGGCAAAAAUGUACCGGUGGCAGUUGGUUUAUGCUUAAAUGGUUUAUGACCUUAAGGAAAACCAUUUAAGGUAUUUACGACUUUAUUUGUUGCACAAUCAUCACGCAUGUAAACGCGGUCAUUGUUUCUCUGUCCUAUUUAGACCCGUCCUUCUGUAUGGUCAGGAACAAUGUACUUUGAAACAAUUAAAAGAUCCAACUGUUCCGCUGAGAAAUAUUGAUCGCUUGUUUAGGGGUUGCAUUUUAUUCCAAGCAAUUGGUGCAAAUGAGUUUGUCAAGAUUUCUCAAGGACUGCAAAAGAGAGUGCAAGAUGAGUUUGAGUCACUGUACUAAAGGUGGAGAUAAUCAGUUUUAUAUUUUUUCCACCUGAUUAAAAAGGUUUCAUUUAGCAUUUUGUAAAGAUCUUAGUCUCUGAAAUGGGAUGGUUCUGUGCAUCUGUGUGCAAAGACAAGUUUCAAAGUUGUAACUUUUGAUUUUGUUUAGUCUCUGCUGUAUGCAUUUUUUUUCCUGUGAUACAUUGGACUGUACAACUGCUUGUAGUUUCAAAAGAUCCAGUGUGCAUUUUUAUGUUUAGCAGUUUUUACUGCUGUGAAAUAAAAUCAGUUUGAAGAGAA